AUGGCACUGCCGAUGCUGCCUGGAAAUUCUCUCAACAAAAACUUGGGGAAAAACAAAUUCCACAAGUCCCAGCAUUUUGACUAUUCCAACGGGGUCCGUAUGAUGGUGGGCUCAGGGAAGCCAGGCAUUGGAGGGGAGUUGCUGUUGGGCCAGAAGUCUCAACCAAACUAUUCUAUCUUCCCCAAUGGAGAGGGCAGUGACACUCCAUCAUGGGUGGCCUUUGACAAGCAGGUGCUGAGCUUCAAUGCGUUCUUCCAGGAGGCUGUGCCUCAGAAGCGAGAGGAGAAGUACCGCGUCAGGAAGUGUAAGAUCUAUUUCUACCUGGAAGACGACACCAUCCAGGUGGUAGAGCCUGAAUUAAAGAACAGCGGAAUACCACAAGGAACGCUGAUUCGUCGGCACCGCAUCCCACUGCCCCCUCCAGAUGGUGAGUGCUUCUACACGGUGCACGACUUCAACAUCAACCAGCAGAUGGUGCUGUAUUCACGCAUUUUCAUGGUCACCGACUGUGACCCCUUCACCAGAAACUUCCUCAGGAAGAUGGGGGUGCGACUCAACCCCACCAAUUCCACUCCCCUGGACCCUUACAGCAACCUACGACAAGAGAUGGAGAAGAGUAUGAAGCCACUGCGUCCAUACGAGAGGCUGGACACGCUCAAGCAGUUCCUGGACCACGACCGCAAUGUGCUGCGGUUCUACUGCCACUGGGACGACUCAGAGAACAUGUUUGGGGACCCACGCGAGCUCACCCUGCACUACUUCUUGGCCGAUGACACCAUAGAGAUCAGGGAGGUCAUCUACCCCAACUCAGGCCGGGAUGCCACCCCCAAGUUUCUGCACCGUAGCAAGCUGCCCAAGCAUGCUCCCAACCCCAAGCGUCAGCCCGGAGAUAUCACAGACCGUACGGUGCUCAACGUCUUUGGUCCUAUGGGCCAGGGAGGACGCUACAUCCUGGACAGCCUCAAAACAGGUGCGGUGCAUGAGCAGUUCUAUAAGGACAGUGACCUGACUCUGGGGGGCAUGGUCAACGUGUGGGGACGCAGGGUGGUCAUCUGUGACUGUGACAACUUCACCAAAGAGUUCUACCGCUCCAAAUAUGGCAUUGAGGACUUCAGCCCAGUACAGUACAAGGCACCUCUGGCCCCUAAGCCCCCCAGGCCUGUACCUCCCUACAAUGGCUUUGGCUCUGAAGAGGACUCACUGUGCUCCUGCCAGGGCCUGCUGCCCAAACCCCCACAGAAAGACUUCCGCAAGCUCAUGGAGAAAGACAGACAGGGCCUUGAGAGUAACGUGCUGAGGUUUAUGGGGAAGAUGGUGACUGAAAAUCCCAUCGACAGAGAUAGACUCUUCAUAAUCUCCUUCUACCUCAGUGACGACACCAUCUGUGUGUUCGAACCGCCUCAGAGGAACACCGGUGUGUUGGCGGGUAAGUUCCUUGAGCGUGGCAGAGUGAAGAAGCCUGGUCAGAAGCUGUUUAAGAGUGAGAUAUCCCAGUAUUUCAGUGCCCAGGACCUGUAUGUAGGAGCCAGGAUCAACCUCAACAACCAGGGCUUCCAGCUGAUCGAUGCUGAUGAGUACGCCUUCAACUACAUGGAGCAACACGCUGAGGAGUUCCCCAGGGCUAACAUGGGCUCCAUCAUCAGUAAGAUCCGCUCCAUCCCUGAGGACAAACAGAAUGAGAUUAAACAGUUCCUCACCCUCAGUGACCCUGGAAACACUGGACUGAUCCCCUACGAACCCUUCAGGGGCCUGUUGGUGGGUCUGGAGUGUGGUCUGUCGGAGCAUGAGGUGAUGAUGCUCGGUCGUUGUUUCUGUGAGCGCCAGCAGCCCGAGGCAGAGGUGGGCCUCAUGCUGGCUGUGGCUCAGGACCACCUACGCAAGAAACACUUUGAGAGCUUCUCCGACAUGACCAGAGCCUUCACACACGAGGACCGACACAGGACUGGUCAUCUCUCCACCAAGGAGGCCAGGACCAUCUGUAAGGCCUUCCAGCUGCCACUGGCUGAGGACCUGUUGAGGGCCCUCCUCAAGAAGUUUGAUGCAGGCUCUGAGGAGAUGGACUACCAUGCCUUUCUGGCAGGGAUCAACUGGAGAGAGAACCCUGCUUCCCCUGUCCUGCCUGAUGAUGCCCUGAAGUUUAACGUGGACUGGAGCAGGGAAGCCAGAGGCCCAGAGGUGAAGAGCAUCAACUACACUGUCCUUCUGGAAGACGUGUUCGGUAGUGUCAACACCAACUCUAACCAACCCAACACUCUAACCAACCCAACACUCUAA